AUGAGCAGAGAGGCGCCACCGCCGCCUACUAUUUGCCGUGCUGCGGAAGAUGUAUCUCCUGCCGCGGUGGAGGCGGAUUCCGCCGCGGCGCUGGAUUUGCGGAGGACUAACGGCAGCACACUCCCGUUGAGGACGUCGAUGGACGACGCCGACGAUACUUGCAGUGCUACGAGCGAAGAGGUGGAGGACGGGCUGCUUGAGACUGAGCAGAGCGUGGCGUCAAGGGAGGCAGUAUGGGGAAGCCCUUGCAUUCCAAAAAACGAAAUGGGCGCUGGUCAUAGUGGCUUCCCGCGAGAGGACUCCUCCUCUUGCUCUGUCAACGGGGAGCGGGAGACUAUGCAAUUAAACAAGCAGAAUCUUUCUCGGAUGGAGAAGGAGUUGUCCGACGGAAAAGCAGCUCUGCACCCCGAAUUGCUUGACGAUGAUGCAUUCGGCGUCAAACGGCCCACCUCCAAGGAGAGGCAUGUGAGCGUCGUUUCCGUGGCAUCCGAGGAGGAAGAGGGUGCUCGUGGCUCUCUAAUCACGUCCGACGUUGAACAGUUCUCUCCGUACAUGAAGCCAAACAAAUCAAGAAAAUCCCUUUUUGACAAUUCGGUUUGCAGCAUUGAGAGUGUGUGCGGAUCAGUGGCUGCGCCAGAUAUUCUCAGUCGCAAAAACCUUGAUCGCUUUGCAUCUCAGCUCUCCGCGGGUGUGAGGGAAUUGAAACCGGAAAUGCUUUUGGGCGACGCAUUGCAGGAACUGCAAUGGGAACUUGGACACCGCAACCAACGACAGGCGGACAAGUCUUUGUGUCGAGGUGGGAAGCGGGAUUAG